GGAAGUUAAAAACUUCAGCUGAAAAAAAUGGCUGUAGACGGUCGUAAAUUAAACCAAUCGUUGAGCCAAGGAUCGGAUAUAGAACAUGAGUUUCCGUGUUCACCUUGUUCUAAAGAGAGAAAGAAUGUGGCUGCUAUCAAACACUGUGUGGAAUGUGAUGAAAACUUGUGUCAAAAAUGUUUAGGUGAUCACAAUAAGUUUUCAGUAAUGAGAGGACAUCAGUUACUAGCCACGGUAAAACAACCAAGCGGGAAAAAGCUGGAAUUACCAAGUCAAAGAUGUGAGAGACACGGAGGAAAAUUGAUAGAUGUCUACUGUCCUGGUCAUGAUAAGGUUGGCUGCUCAACGUGUAUGACCGUUAAACACAGUGGUUGCAAAGGUAUUAGUUACAUACCAGACAUAGCGUUUAAUACUGAAACCUCCAAGAAACUAAAACGUCUUAAAGCCGAUAUAAAUACUUUACAGUCUCGUUUUCACGCCUUAAAACAAAACAAGCAGAAAGAACUCGAAAAUGCAAAGACAGGAAAACGUCAAUUGAUUAAAGAAAUAAAAUCAGAAAGGAAGAAGAUCAACGACUAUUUGGACAUGAUGGAAAUGAAGCUUCUUCAAGAAGUGGAUAUGACAUUUCAGAUAAAACUGAAACAUAUAGAGUCGAAUAUGAAGCAAGUUGAUGAGAGGAUCGCUGUACUACAAGAAAGUCUGAAGAAGAUAAAUGCUGCUAAACAGGAAAACGAAUCUGAGAAAUAUGUACAGAUCAAACUUGUCAACGAGGAGAAGAAAAUUGCAGGCGAAAGUUUAGAAGAGUUGGAGAGGUCAAGAAAAACAGGCACAAUACGGUUUGAGCCAUACAGACAACCGACUGAUUCAGAAUGCAACACCAUUGGAAAUAUACUUCACUUUCCAAUGAUUGAAGUAGAAAAAUGUGCUGAAUUUAAUGCGCGACUUAAGGAUGACAAGGAGUCAUGUAAUAUUUUUGGCAUGUGCAUGUGUGAAGACGGGUGCAUUAUUAUGACAGAUUACAACAAUAAAUGUAUAAAGAAAAUGAAUGAUUCCUUCCAGAUCAUAUCUUCGCUGAAUGUCACUGACAAUCCUGUUGGUAUUUGUCAGAUAGACUCGUCACUGCUGGCCGUUACUCUGAUGAAUGAUAAGACAGUUCAGUUUAUCUCUCAGAAAGAACCAAUGAAGUUACAACAGUCCUUCAAAGUCGGCGAUAGAUGUCGGGGUAUUGCAUACAAUGACGGGAUGAUUUAUGUUUGUUGUGGCGGAUUCAAGGAUCGUGAUGAAGGUGUUGGUCAUCUGGAGGUAUAUACUGUUUCUGGGAAAUUGGUUUUAUCUCAUUAUGAUAAGAUUACACAUCCUGGAAAUGUUACAAUUUCAAACACUACAAAUGAGAUUUUCGUGAUCGAUACGCAAAAAGGCAUCCUUAACAUUGUUGAAAACCGACGCACGAGGCUAAGAACUUUUGUUAAAAAAAUAUUCCAUGAUCCCUUUUAUAUUUGUAAGAUAAAUGAAAGUCAGUAUUGUGUUGCUUUUUUUAUGACACACAAUUUUCUUUUGAUGUCACAUGAUGGGAAGGAUCAGGUAGAACUCCCAAUAAGAGAAGAUGGUUUAAAAAAUCCUACCUGUUUAUGUUUUGAUAACAAAACUUCAAGACUUUUUGUUUCUUGUUUGGAAAGUGACAAAAUCAUGAUUUAUACAUUAAAGAUAAGUGACUGAUUUG